AUGUCUACAUCGCACAUCGAGUACAAUUAUUUUGACGAUUCAAGAGCCGAGAGCAGUAUCUCGUCCCAGGGAGAAAGGGUAUCGUCCUCGUCAAACGAUGCCUACCCGAACUACCCGAACUGCCAUGAUUCAAUGCUCAGUUCUCAGAAUGGCGACAUUGAACGUCGCCAUCCCACGGUGAAGUGGAGAGAAGCCCUCACCUCCAGCUCUAACCGUUAUGAACUCUUGACGUGGCUGGAAGACACGCCAUUCGUGCGACGGCGUGGCCCCCCCAGCGACGUGAUAUCUCAAUGUCCAGGUUCGCGACCGCUGAAAUACUCGACGAUUUGGUAUCGGUUCAUUGACGAGCCUGACUUUCUCGCCUGCUCAGUAUGCUAUGAACAAUCGAUCAAAGGAACUGCACUAUCCCAUGCGUUCCUUCGUUUCCAGUCAGAGGGAGGAGUGCCAAUGCGUUGCCGCUUCUGCGUGCCUCGGAUGGCAUCUCAUCUUUGGCCGGAUGCUGUUGCUCGCCAUGACUUGGACGAGGUGACCGAGUACGCUAUGCGAAGGGUCCACAUUCAGGACUGUAAGGGCAAUAAGGAAACCGCUGCCUGUGGCGUAUUGCUGUGGUAUCAGCCUUCCGAUGAGCGCACACCUUCCUUCCUAUGCUGUCAGGCAUGCUAUGAAGACCAAGUCCAGGGCACAUCGUUUGCGAGACAUUUCGCUCCGAGCGCAAAAGGCCCGGACUUUGACGAGAGCGGGAUCUGUCAUGUCAGCUUGCCAUUUAUCACUGGAGCUCUGUCGUUCUUUGCCGCGGCUGGCGACUGGGCAGGCUUCAAGGCUGCAGUGCAUCGACGCUUACAGGCCCCAGUGUGUAAAGGGCGCCUAGCUGAGCAUCACAAACACCACUGGUUCACUGUGCCAGAACUUGACAGAGGUCUGUGGAUAUGCGAAGCUUGUUACCUAGAUCGUGUCUCCUUCACGCCAUUCGAUGCACAUUUCGAGCGUGGCACGAAUGAUGCGGCAUCGUCAUCAUCAACAACAACUGACGGGAUUCGUAUGUGCGGAUUAUCUUCUGGGCCCUUCAUUGUGGCAUUCGAGUCUGCCAUUGCUGGAGAAGACUUUAGAAUCUUCCUCAACGCUGCCAAAGUUGUAAUGAGUAACCAACGUUGUGAUACGGAGACCAUUGACGGGCCAUGGUAUACCCCUGACGAUGCCCCCGGAAUGUUCCAUGUCUGCCAGUCAUGCUAUGCCGGGAUUAUUGCGACCUGCGAAAUGGGACCCUUCUUCAACAUCACCACUCAGAAGCCCAAAGCGGAAAUUACGUGCGACCUGCGUCCAAGCACCCCUCGAUACCUGUUGUACGUUGAGAAGCUUGCACAAGCGGCGGAAGUGGGCGACUUUAGCAUAUUCAGCGAUUUUGUGCAUAGAAUAUCGGGCGCGCCGCCAUGUCCUGGAAGGACAGCCUUACCCAAUGCGAUCUGGUACACUGCGGAUAGUUGCACCAUCUGCCCUGAGUGCCACGAAUCUACCGUGAGAGAGACGGUUCUGGCCAACAAGGUUGCUUUGCAGUAUCAUCCUAACUGGAAGAUAUGCGGUCUCGGUUCUCGGCGUAUGAAGGGGCUCUGGGCGGCAGCAUGCGGAGACAGGAGCCUGCAGGACUUUGUCGCUUGCUGCCAGUCCAGAAUAAAGGUUUACGCCUCGACAAUUGCCGUCGUUGACACGAUCAAGCAGGCGAAGAUGGCCCGCAUGGACCUGGCCAUGACGUAUGCUGCACUGGGCACAGCAUACCUGGCACUGGGGCGACGGAUUUCACAGCGUAGCCGUGGCACUGAAGUUGCUGAUGACAGUCCUGAAUAUGCUGCAGAGAGCUCCAAGAUGACAGACAUGAUGCUCAAAAUGAUGGCCCACGCCAACUGCGGAUACGAGUGGCGGUUGAUCAAUCAGUUGGAGGCCAGAUGGGAGGAAGUCGAAUGA